UUCGACACUGACCUGGGAGGCAGUGGCAUGUGAACCACAGGAGGACCUCGGAGCAUCUAGUAUUGCCUCGCUUCGACCUGGAGUGCUCCAGUGGCGUCCCUCAAGGCGAUUGCUUGUGGCUUUUGCCGUUUGCGACGCGCCAAGUGUUUAAACGCUCUCGAUCAAUACUGCUAUAGCUUCCGCUGCUUCUUGUGUUCUGAAUCGCAGGCAUUGAGAUACGUAUGAAAGAAAUUCGGCUCGGAUUGGUCACCACAGACAAGGUCCUGGGUAAAAUGAUGUUCGUUCUGGACCAGUUUUGACGAGCGAUGAUGGUGAUCUGUGGCGCUGGUGAUAAUAGUGAUUUGUGGUGGUAACUGGAGGCUUCACAGUGGCGAAAAUAUUUGAUACGAAGGAAUGUCGACGAACUUGGAAAAAAAUUCUCAAAAACGCUGCUGACGAGAUCUAGAAAGUUCACACGCGAACGACAAAUUGGAAACACGAAAUUGGACCUUUUGCAGUCGACUGUUUGCCAACGAUUUAGGGAGGGAAAAUCCAAGCAGAUGGACCACUCAUACGAUCGUCGCAGAUGGCUGCUGAUCAGCUGGCGGUGGAUCGCACUUAGUUGGGUCUACUCGUCAAUGGCUGUUUUCCUGGUGACGGGUCAACAGCAACAGCAACAGCAACAGCAAAGCUUCGCCAACGAGCCCUCGCCCCAAACGGCCGUCGUCGGGUCCACUGUGGUGCUCCCGUGUCGGGUCGUCAACAAGGUUGGGGAGCUCCAGUGGACCAGGGACGACUUCGGGCUGGGUAACGAGAGGGCCCUGUACGCCUUCAAGAGAUACCAGAUGAUUGGCUCCGACGAGGAAGGAGACUUCAGCCUGCGAAUCAGCCCAGUGGCCCUGGAAGACGACGCACACUUCCAGUGCCAAGUGACGGGCGCCGGCAGCAUUCCAGGGGUGAGGUCUCAAACGGCCAAGCUGACCGUCUACGUCCCACCGGAGGCCCCCGAAAUCCUUCAGGGGUCCUCCGUCACCGUCACCGAAGGCGACCCGGUCAUGCUGGAGUGCGUCGCCAACGGGGGGAAACCUGCCGCUGAGAUCCAGUGGCAGGACAACGGCGGUCGAACCGUGGCUGGUGACGUCAUGUAUACGGCGGAAAUGACGCAAGACAGACGGAGAAGCAACGCCAAGUCGACUCUCAGUUUCAGUGCCACUAAAGAGCACCACAACGCGGUACUGACCUGCAUGGCCUCUAACCCGGCUCUCCGACACCCCUUGAAAGCACAGGUUCAGCUCAAGGUCAGAUAUGCCCCAGACGUUAAAAUCAACCACGACCAGAAGGGUUACAGAGACGGGCAGGCUGCCACCCUCAGCUGUUCAGCAGACGCUAAUCCCAGCGACGUCACCUACAGGUGGUACAAAGGUGGGCAGCUGAUCCCAGGCAACAACCUGACCCAGCUGGUCAUUGCGAACGUCACCCGGGAGAGCAGCCUGGAGGACAUCGCGUGCGAGGUCACCAACGACAUCGCCUCGACGAAAAAGGUCACCAGGAUUCAUAUACAUUAUGAGCCUAAAUUCGUGCACGUGCCCACCGACCAGUACGCGGGCCUGGGCGAGAACGUGACCUUGCAGUGCCUCGUGGAUGCCAGUCCCGAACCGGACAUCGUCUGGAUCAAGGAUGACAGGCUGGUCGGCGAGGGGCCUUCCCUUCACGUGGUUGCCAGCAGGAGCAACGUGGGGUCAUACCAGUGCGUUGCCCAAGUGCAAGGGUUUGCCGAUAUAUCGGCAACUGCUACCAUUUUCUUGAAGGGUCCACCGCGCAUCAUCAGCGAAAGGGAACAGUGGGGGAACCAGGGUGAAACCGUGUUGGUGGAAUGUAUAGUGGCUGCUGCUCCUGCGCCCUCACUCUCCGUCACUUGGACCCACCAUGGAAAAUUGGUGGAUUUGGACGAAUCACGCUUCGAGGAGGUACAAGAUGUCACGGCGAAGGGCGUCCGGCACACGCUGGUCAUCAGAGACGCGAAAGCGACCGAUUUCGGACCGUACAAAUGCUCCGUCCACAACGAGUACGGUACAGACUUAUCCGAGAUCCUGCUGACGAAGAGGAAAACUCUCCCUCUGCUGUUACUGGUCUGUGGAGUAACGGGAGGCGUGAUGUUGGUCCUCGUUGUUGCCAUGAUGGUGAUCAUGUGCGCCAAAAAGAACGCGUCCAGGCAUAAGGGGGGAAAGCCUUAUGGCCUGCCCGAAAAGACGGUGAGCCUGCAGGCGAAUGAUCAGAACUCAUCGGGGAAUGAAUCCGAUCUGAAGGUGGAGUUCGACCGACGGACGGGAUCUUCGAUGAGCAACAAGGAAGGAGAGCUUGACGAGGGCUGGGGAGAACACGAGGGGGAGGCACUCCCUUCGACGCCCCAGUACCUGACCUCCGCCAACCCGUACAUCUACCCAGACACUUUCACGGCUGUUCCUGUAAAAAUGAACGGACACAUCAGCCCCACCAGAGGUCUAAGCUGCGACAACCACCACGCCAGCCCCUCCCCCGUCCAGCACCACACCCCGUCCCCUACCAGAGGCUUCCUGGCGGACUCCAGCGCCUUCGGGAACAUCGGCAGCGGCUCCGGCGUCGAAUCUUGCCAGCACUUCAGCGACGCCUUCUACCCGAGGUACGGCGAUUACGAGAGGAGGAGCUCCCCGCAAGACGCUCACGACGGCGCCUUCGGCAUCCUGCCCGGCUUCACGAGUGCCCUCGGGGAUUACGGCUUCAACGGCAGGAGCAGCGGCGGCGCCUGCGGGACACUCCCGCUCACACUGCAGACUUCUCCGAGGAGCAACGGCGUCGCCCUCAGCGGAAGCUCGACGUUCUCCUCGACGGUGCCAAGGCUGGGCAUCCCGGUCAAUCCCGCCCAGUACAUCACCUCGCCGAAGACUCAGAUGCUGCAGGGCACUUUGGCCACGCACGUCUGAGGAGCCCACGUUUCGUUCCCUAGGACGUCCCGCUAAGAGGCGUUUGAAUUCUUACUUAAAUACGCAGCGAAAGAUUUGCGGUAAUACACUUAAGCUUUGAUUACUCUGCUUCAUCAUCUUAGAACUUUUAAAAAGAAAUCAGAUGAACUGAUUUAUAAAAUCGUAAAACUUGACCGGAAGACUCGAAGACACUUCGGAGACAUUUUUCUCUGGAAGCAUGACAGUAGCACUGACCAAAUUCGUACAUAGAUAUCAUCUGCUGUCAAAAACCGAUAAUUGUGAUGUUAAAGUGUUAUGUUCUAAGUGGAUUCCAAAGAUUAGUGUAAUGCAACAUGAAAUGUUAUCUGGCUACAUCGGCAACGCCUCAUUCAAGGAUAUUGAUAUUUAUAAUCCCCUCCCAACCCCCUCCUCGAUCCCCCAAAUUGAAAUGAUGGAAAAAUUGAUUUUAAAAAGGUGACUUUGAUUGACUAAGGAAGAGGUAUAGUAUCUUGCGUACAAAUGUUCUUUUACAAAUGCGUUUGUCUGUUAGUGAGACGAGUAAGAAGGACUUUUCGUGACAAAUUUGGUGAAACGCUCACGGACAUACGUCCAAUACCAAAGAGAAAUCGUAAACGGAUGUAUUGUGACAUGAUCAUUUUUUCAUUAAUUCAUAAAUCUUUACACAGACGUUCAAAGGAUUUUUAUAUAUUUUUAUCGCAUUUCGAAAAACGAAUUCCAUUUGUUUUGCUGAUUCUUCUGCAUAUGGAACGGCUCGUGUCCUUGGACUUGAGGGAUACACGAAUUCCUUCUUAAAAGUUUGCGCGGAACUGUGUUGCAGAGAGAGACCACCUUAUACUACCCUGAUUUUUACGACGGAAAAUGAAGAAGAAUUAACAAAACCAAGGGUCCCAUUUUUCCAAUCAAGAACGCGGCUUACUUUCAGUUCCCCCGCCAUUUUCAUCGUUUGAAUAAGCAUCUUUAACAGCGAUUCUUCAAGAAAUUUAAUAAGAAAUACAGAAAUUCUAAUGUGUUUUUCGUUAGGAAGCAACAUGGACGUUAUUUUCAUUAAGGUAAAGUGAUCACACUUGACCUCCCAAAAGUGUCGACAAAGAAAUUGGUGAUUGUGUCAUUCGGAAUUUCAGGUCCUGUUUGUCAGACCUGAAACAGUAUGGUCACAGUUUUGGUUCAACAUUUUAAUAAUCGAGGGUGCCCAUGGUCCCUGUGCAGUUGAAUACACACCAUGUGCAAUUGAAUAUACGCCAUGUACAGUUGAAUACACAUCCAGUGUAUUUGAAUACACAUAACGUGCAGUUGAAAACACAUCCAGUGCAUUUUGAAUACACACCAUGUGCUGUUAAAUACAAACCCAGUGCAUUAGAAUAAACACCAUGUGCAGUUAAAUCAAACCCUGUGCAUUUGAAUACACACCAUGUGCAAUUGAAUACUCACCGUAUGCAAUUGAAAACUCACCCUGUGCAAUUGAAUGCACAACCUGUAUAAUCGCAUACAUACCCUAUGCAACUGAAAACACACGUGCAAUUAAAUACAAAUCCUGUGCAAUUGAACACAUACCGACCAGUGAAGAGAUCUAUGUAGGAAAGAGCGUAUUGCGUUUACUGCCAUGUACAUAGUGUGUAUGUAUUUACGAACGGUGCAUGCAAUUUUUUAUUUCAUAUCACUUACUGUAUGUAAUGUUUAUAACAUAUCGCUGUACAUAUCAAAGUAUUUGUAUCCUAUUUCCUUGUACAUAACGCUUAAAAAUGCCAAAUAUAUUUUACGUAUAUA